AUGAAGCUGUGGGCCGAGUGCUGUUCUCCCAAGUUCUGGUUCGUGCUGGCUGUCCUGAUUGUAUCUGGCAGCCACGCCCGCUCACAGAAGAGCUCCCCAAGCAUUGGCAUUGCUGUCAUUCUCGUGGGCACUUCCGACGAGGUGGCCAUCAAAGAUGCCCACGAGAAAGAUGAUUUCCACCAUCUCUCUGUGGUGCCCCGAGUGGAGCUGGUCGCCAUGAAUGAAACUGACCCAAAGAGCAUUAUCACUCGUAUCUGUGACCUUAUGUCAGAUCGCAAGGUCCAGGGCGUGGUGUUUGCUGAUGACACGGACCAGGAGGCCAUUGCCCAGAUCCUCGACUUCAUCUCUGCGCAGACCCUCACCCCCAUCCUGGGCAUCCACGGGGGCUCCUCUAUGAUCAUGGCAGAUAAGGAUGAAUCCUCCAUGUUCUUCCAGUUUGGCCCCUCCAUUGAACAGCAAGCAUCUGUCAUGCUCAACAUCAUGGAAGAGUAUGACUGGUACAUCUUUUCCAUUGUCACCACCUACUUCCCGGGGUACCAGGACUUUGUCAACAAGAUUCGUAGCACCAUUGAGAAUAGCUUCGUGGGUUGGGAGCUAGAGGAAGUUCUCCUGCUAGAUAUGUCAUUGGAUGAUGGAGACUCGAAGAUUCAGAAUCAGCUCAAGAAGCUGCAAAGCCCCAUCAUUCUGCUUUACUGUACCAAGGAGGAAGCCACUUAUAUUUUUGAGGUGGCAAACUCUGUUGGGCUGACAGGCUAUGGCUACACAUGGAUCGUGCCCAGUCUGGUGGCAGGAGAUACAGACACUGUGCCCUCCGAGUUCCCUACGGGGCUCAUCUCGGUGUCCUAUGAUGAAUGGGACUAUGGCCUCUCUGCCAGAGUGAGGGACGGGAUUGCCAUCAUCACCACUGCUGCUUCUGACAUGUUGUCUGAACACAGCUUCAUCCCUGAGCCCAAGAGCAGCUGCUACAAUACCCACGAGAAACGAAUUUACCAGUCCAACAUGCUGAAUAGGUAUCUGAUUAAUGUCACUUUUGAGGGGAGAAAUCUGUCCUUCAGUGAAGAUGGCUACCAGAUGCACCCGAAGCUGGUGAUAAUCCUUCUCAACAAGGAGAGGAAGUGGGAAAGGGUGGGCAAGUGGAAAGACAAGUCACUCCAGAUGAAGUACUACGUAUGGCCCCGUAUGUGUCCUGAGACAGAAGAGCAGGAGGAUGACCACUUGAGCAUUGUGACCCUAGAGGAGGCACCAUUUGUCAUUGUGGAGAGCGUGGACCCUCUGAGUGGAACCUGCAUGAGGAACACAGUCCCUUGCCAGAAGCGCAUUGUCUCUGAGAAUAAAACAGAUGAAGAGCCAGGUUACAUCAAAAAAUGCUGCAAGGGGUUCUGUAUUGACAUCCUAAAGAAAAUUUCUAAGUCUGUGAAGUUCACCUAUGACCUUUAUCUGGUGACCAAUGGGAAACAUGGGAAGAAAAUCAAUGGGACCUGGAAUGGCAUGAUUGGAGAGGUGGUCAUGAAGAGGGCCUACAUGGCAGUUGGAUCACUCACCAUCAAUGAGGAGCGAUCCGAAGUAGUUGACUUCUCUGUGCCCUUCAUUGAGACUGGUAUCAGUGUCAUGGUGUCACGCAGCAAUGGAACUGUUUCACCUUCUGCCUUUCUGGAGCCAUUCAGUGCUGAUGUGUGGGUGAUGAUGUUCGUGAUGCUGCUUAUAGUUUCUGCUGUGGCCGUCUUUGUCUUUGAGUAUUUCAGCCCUGUGGGCUACAACCGGUGUCUUGCAGAUGGCAGAGAGCCGGGUGGCCCAUCUUUUACCAUCGGCAAAGCUAUUUGGUUGCUCUGGGGCCUGGUGUUCAACAACUCUGUGCCCGUACAGAACCCCAAGGGGACCACAUCUAAGAUCAUGGUAUCGGUAUGGGCUUUCUUCGCUGUCAUCUUCCUGGCCAGCUACACUGCCAACUUAGCUGCCUUCAUGAUCCAAGAGGAGUACGUAGACCAGGUUUCUGGGCUGAGUGACAAAAAGUUCCAGAGACCAAAUGACUUCUCACCCCCUUUCCGCUUUGGGACUGUGCCCAAUGGCAGCACUGAAAGGAAUAUUCGCAAUAACUAUGCAGAAAUGCAUGCCUACAUGGGAAAGUUCAACCAGAGGGGUGUAGAUGAUGCAUUGCUUUCCCUUAAAACUGGGAAACUGGAUGCCUUCAUCUAUGAUGCUGCGGUGCUGAACUACAUGGCAGGUAGAGACGAAGGCUGCAAGUUGGUGACCAUUGGCAGUGGGAAGGUCUUUGCCUCCACUGGUUAUGGAAUUGCCAUCCAGAAAGAUUCCGGUUGGAAACGCCAGAUAGAUCUGGCUAUCCUGCAGCUCUUUGGAGAUGGAGAGAUGGAGGAGCUGGAAGCACUCUGGCUCACUGGCAUUUGCCACAAUGAGAAGAAUGAGGUCAUGAGCAGCCAACUGGACAUUGACAACAUGGCAGGAGUUUUCUACAUGUUGGGGGCAGCCAUGGCUCUCAGCCUUAUCACCUUCAUCUGUGAACAUCUUUUCUAUUGGCAGUUCCGACAUUGCUUUAUGGGGGUCUGUUCUGGCAAGCCAGGCAUGGUCUUCUCCAUCAGUAGAGGUAUCUACAGCUGCAUCCACGGCGUGGCCAUCGAGGAGCGGCAGUCGGUGAUGAACUCACCCACGGCCACCAUGAACAACACGCAUUCGAACAUCCUGCGGCUGCUGCGCACCGCCAAGAACAUGGCCAACCUGUCGGGAGUGAACGGCUCCCCGCAGAGCGCCCUGGACUUCAUCCGGCGCGAGUCGUCGGUCUAUGACAUCUCGGAGCACCGCCGCAGCUUCACGCAUUCGGACUGCAAGUCCUACAACAACCCACCUUGCGAGGAGAACCUUUUCUCCGACUACAUCAGCGAGGUGGAGAGAACUUUUGGGAACCUGCAACUCAAGGACAGCAACGUGUACCAGGACCACUACCACCACCACCACCGGCCGCACAGCAUCGGCAGCACCAGCUCCAUCGACGGGCUCUACGACUGUGACAACCCGCCCUUCACCACCCAGCCACGCUCCCUGGCCAAGAAGCCGCUGGACAUCGGCCUCCCGUCCUCCAAGCACAGCCAGCUCAGCGACCUCUACGGCAAGUUCUCCUUCAAGAGCGACCGCUACGGAGGCCACGACGACCUGAUCCGCUCCGAUGUGUCCGACAUCUCCACGCACACCGUCACCUACGGCAACAUCGAGGGCAACGCGGCCAAGAGGCGCAAACAGCAGUACAAGGACAGCCUCAAGAAGCGGCCGGCCUCGGCCAAGUCCAGGCGGGAGUUCGAUGAGAUCGAGUUGGCCUACCGCCGCAGGCCACCCCGCUCCCCGGACCACAAGCGCUAUUUCAGGGACAAGGAAGGGCUGCGGGAUUUCUACCUGGACCAGUUCCGACCCAAGGAGAACUCCCCGCAUUGGGAGCAUGUGGACCUGACCGACAUCUAUAAGGAGCGGGGCGAGGACUUCAAGCGAGAGUCGGUCGGGGGCUCUGGGCCUUGCACCAACAGGUCGCAUCUCAAGCACUCCGGGAGCGAAAAGCACGGCAGCGGGGUCGUGGGCGGUGUGCCGGCCCCCUGGGAGAAGAACCUCACCAACGUGGACUGGGAAUCAGGUGGCGGCGGAGGUGGUGGCGGUGGUGGCAACUUCUGCCGCAGCUGCCCAUCCAAGCUGCACAGCUACCCGGCCAGCACGGGGCAGAACUCGGGCAGGCAGGCGUGCAUCCGCUGCGAGGCUUGCAAGAAGGCAGGCAACCUGUAUGACAUCAGUGAGGACAACUCUCUGCAGGAGCUGGACCAGCCGGUAGCCCCGGUGGCCGUGCCCACGGCCGGCACCGCCGCCACCAAGUACCCCCAGAGCCCCACCAACUCCAAGGCCCAGAAGAAGAACCGCAACAAACUCCGCCGGCAGCAUUCCUACGACACCUUCGUGGACCUGCAGAAGGAAGAGGCCGCCCUGGCCCCCCGCAGCGUGAGCCUGAAAGACAAGGGCCGCUUUCUGGAUGGCAGCCCCUACGCACACAUGUUUGAGAUGCCCGCCGGUGACAGCGCCUUUGCCAACAACAAGUCCUCAGUGCCCACUGCCGGACACCACCACCACAACAACCCCGGCGGCUACAUGCUCAGCAAGUCGCUCUACCCCGACCGGGUCACGCAGAACCCUUUCAUCCCCACUUUCGGGGACGACCAGUGCUUGCUUCACGGCAGCAAAUCCUACUUCUUCAGGCAGCCCACUGCGGCCGGGGCACCAAAAGGCAGGCCGGACUUCCGUGCCCUGGUCACCAACAAGCCGGUGGUGGCGGCCCUGCACGGGGCGGUGCCAGGCCGCUUCCAGAAAGACAUCUGUAUAGGGAACCAGUCCAACCCCUGUGUGCCUAACAACAAAAACCCCAGGGCUUUCAAUGGCUCCAGCAAUGGGCAUGUUUAUGAGAAACUUUCUAGUAUUGAAUCUGAUGUCUGA